UUUUUAAAUUAAUGUUUAUAUGGUGUAUUAAUAAAUGAUUAGUGUAAUAAAUCAGUGUUUCUCUUGUGAUUUUAUAUCAUUACUGAAUAUUUUUGAUGAAAAUGAUAAAAUAAAUGAAUAAACUUCAACCGGCUAUGGUCUAAAAGCAAUUUUUUCACAUUCAGUCAAUAUUUUAAAGAAAAGGAGAGAGGGAGAAGAAAACUGGGAAUUCAUGAUCCUUAUUUAAAAAACAAAAGGAUAUAUGCAGUUAUUCGCUUACUACAAAAUAAACAUUGUGGAAGCGAGAUGGCAAGAACUUGGUCAACGCUCAUAUGGGAUUUAAUUGCUUUUUCAGUAUUCAUAAUAUUUUCAAUUCUAAAACCAUUAUGGAGUCGUUUUUUUGGAAAAUUUCAACAAAAAACAAAAUCAGAUUUUGUAUUCGCGACAACUGGUGUAUCACUUUUCGCUAUGAUGCUUUCAAUAUCAAGAGGAACUUUAGGAGUAAGAUCUGUUUUAGGUUUUCCCAGUGAAUUAUUUUAUUAUGGAUCAGCUAUGUGGGAGACUAUUUAUGGAAUGGCAAAUGCUUAUCCAAUGGUUUGCUUUAUAUUUGUUCCAGUAUAUUUUAAUCUACGAAUCACUUCCGUUUAUCAAUAUAUAGAUUUAAGAUUUAAAAGUCGGUUGGUACGAUGUCUAGCAUCUUUUACAUAUUUGUUAAGACAAAGUUUUUCCCUUGGUAUUGCUGUGUACACACCAAGUGUUGCAUUAUCCGCUGCUACUGGAAUACCAUAUUGGUCAUCAAUUGUAUCAAUAUCCUUAAUUUGUAUAUUUUUUACAGUUAUUGGAGGCUUGCGUGCAGCGAUACAUGCAGAUGUUAUUCAAACAUUGACGGUUAUUGUAGUUACUAUAGUUAUAAUAAUACAGGGGAUGUAUGAAAGUGGUGGUCCAAAAAAUGUUUAUAAUUUAAAUAAAGAUAAUGGUCGGCUUAAAUUUUUUAACUUUACUGGAGACAUGACUGUACGGGUUGAUACAACAUCUGCGUGGCUUGGUCAAUUAUUUAUGUCAAUGUCACAAUUUGGCUGCCAACAGAAUUUUAUGCAACGUUAUGUUAGUUUAAAGUCUGUCAGAGAAGUUCAAAAAGCAAUGAUGCUUAAUAUCCCGUUAAUAUUUGUUUUCUUUUCCCUAUCAUGGAUAAGUGGUAUGGUAAUUUAUUCAACUUAUUUUAAUUGUGAUCCGUUAUUGGAAGGAUAUAUAAAAAAACCAGAUGAAAUACUACCAUUCUUUAUAGAGGACCGCUUAUCAUAUAUUCCAGGAUUUUUUGGUCUCUUUUUGGCAACCCUUUUUAAUGGUGCUCUUAGUUUAAAUGUUUCAAACUUAAACUCUUUAUCGAUAGUUGUUUGGGAAGAUUUUGCUUUACUUUUACCUAAAUUUAAGAAGUUAAACGAAAAACAGCAAUUAAAAAUGAUUAAAAUAAUUACAAUAAUUGUUGGAUUUUUAACAAUGGGUGUUGCGUUUAGUGUUGGUCUAUUUACUGGUGUUAUUGAAUCAGCUAUGAUUGCAUUUUCAACUACCUCCGGACCACUACUGGGAGUUUUUCUUUUAGCAAUGUUGGUCCCAUUUGCAAAUUGGAAAGGAGCAUCAGUUGGUAUGAUUACUUCACAUUGUGUAGUAUUGUGGUUAUUUUUUGGGGGUCGAAGUAUAAAUAAUAAAAAAUUUAUGUUACAAACAUCAACUGAGGGCUGCUCAAAUUUCACAUUUGCAUCAGAUUUAAUAAAAUCAGUUACUGCUACAACAACAGAACCAAGUAUUGAAUCGAAUUGGUUAUUAAAUACGACAAAUCCAGUAACAAAUCCAAUAUUUUCUGACAAUAGUUCCGUUUUACACAACAUCUAUUCAGUCAGUUAUAUGUACUAUAGUAUAAUUGGAACUUUAUUAACAUUGAUUGUUGCAAUUAUCAUUAGUAUAUUUACUCAAUCUAACGAAGAUUCUUAUGAUUCCGAGUUAUUACAUCCCUUUGCAUUAAAACUAUAUGAAAAACUUCCUUUUGCAAAACCAUAUUUAAUUAAGGAAAUAAAUAAAUCCGAAGUGAUGUCUAGUCCAACAAAUAAAUCAACUGAAUUAGUUAAAACAGAAAUUUGUAUAGGAAUUGAAAGACAAAAAAAUUCUAAUGACUUAGAAACUCAAACAAAUAAUUUACAACAUCCGAUACAACGUUUUCGGAAGAUACCAGAAACUUAAGAGAAAUAUUAUUAAUUUAAUUAUUUUUGUGAUCCUGUAUGACAAUAAUCCUAAUUUUAUUUAAAUAUUUUAUUUAAAUUGAAUUUUAUAGAACUGAAAAAAAAUUAAAAUCAUUGUCCGUUUAUGUUUCUUUUUUAUAUUUUUAAUUAUAUACUUAUGUUAUU